CAUUUUGCUAUAUUAACUAUAGAUACCCGUUCAAAACGUUAUUAUCUAAAGAAGGAUCGAAUUAAGUGGCGCAGUCAAGUCCCAAUAACGGUUAAUCAGCUACUUCGAAAAAGAAAUGAAUUCUGGGAUACUGCGCCAGCUUUCGAUGGACGUAAGGAAAUCUGGGAUGCUCUUAAGGCUGCAGCCGAGGCAAUGGAGAGGCAUGAUCAUGACCUAGCUCAGGCGAUUAUUGAUGGUGCAGAUAUCAUUGUUCCUUCAGGAUACCUCUGCGAUUGCUAUGACCAACUCGGGGCACACUACCAAUUACCUUUGUAUGUGCUGUCACCACCAAGCAACCUAUUAGUUGAUACGAGCAGGGCCCCACAUCCACACUCUCGUAUUCACUCUUAUCGCCCGACUGGCAUCCCUGUAUCUGUUGCAGCUACCGGAGAAUCCGAAUUUUCUCAAUGUCUGCCUAGCUCUUCAUUUCCCUCUGCUUCCUCCUCAUCUCCUUCUGUAUCCUUUUUUGGUCCAUCUUCUCUUAGUGUUACUCCUACCUUAGCAGCACGUCCAGAGCAGAGACGUCCUACGACUCGUCAGUCCACAUUCGCCCACUUGCGAGCCCCUCGCCUUUCUAAACUCUCUGGUAGAUUCCCUCGUCUCUGGCGAUCGGCUACCACCAGCACUGGGACUGGCAUCCCAAAAGUUGGGGUGGAUUCAGUGCCAGGAGACCCUAAAGAGUCAGAAGAAGACAAUGAAAUGGCGCUGCACUUACGCCUGUCAACUGGUGAGGAAGUGAUAGAGACCUUAUCUCAGAGCUCGACAGUGCUAGAGGCCAAACGUCGACUAGCCUCUCGUCUUCCUGAUGUCGCUGCGCCCGUUACUCGCCAGCGCUGGUUCUGCGCCGGACAUCCUCUCACCAACCGCUUGCGUCUAAUAGACUGUUCUGUACCCGAGGGUUUCAUUAUCCAAGUUAUCGUGCACACGCCUUUUAUGCUUGAAGCGGAUUGGAGAAGACCAACACAGAAUAAAAUGGGUUAA